UCGUCGCUGCGCCUCGAGCUCGAGCACAGGGACGGCAAAACCGAGCAGCAGGUGUCCGAGCUGAGCGUGGCGGUCUGGCGCCUCGGCUCGCGGCUGGACAGCCAGGCCGCGGCCCCGCAGGACGUCGUCGCGAGCAGGCAGAGGUUGCUCGAGGAGCGCCUCAGGGCCUUCGAGGAGCUGAUCGAAAGCGAGAUCGAGGACCGCGCCAAGGAGUACCGGCGCCUCUGGAAGGCCCUGGGCGAGCGCUCGGGGGAGCGGCUCCUCCAGGCCGCGGUGGCCGGGCCGCCGCAGAGCGCCAGCCCACGUCUUGAGCAGAGCCUGGACAGGACCCCGCCGCCGUGGCCCGCGGAGCCGCCCUCGGCCGAGGGCACGCCCGCUGGCCCGUGCGCCCGGCUGCGCCGGCUGCCGCCAGCCCCCGCGGCCGACGCCGGGCGCGGGCCCGCCGCCCCCGCGCCGUGCAGCCGGG